AUGAUGUACUUUCAACUCGCGACCGGCCUCGUCCUCUCGACACUCGGGAUGCUCUCGACGACGACGUCGUCAUCAUCGUCGCUCGUCGCCGCCGUGCCAGUCGCGCCCGUGGUCGCUCCCCGCGCCGCCGCUCUCACCUCUCGCAAUUUCGGAGCCCCACCCUCGCACGGUCAGAUCCUCUCCCCUUCACCGAACGCGACCCUGACCGUCGGUCAAGCGUUCAACUUUACCUACUCGACGUGGAACAAUACGAUCGCGGGGGUCGUGUAUGACGCGACGCAGUACGUUCGUGUGAACCUCGUCACGUACGAAGGGAGGGAACCUCAAGGCGCGGACGAACCCGAGAGUAGUUACAAUGUGAGUUUUAUUUGCGUCGAAAAAAAAGGGGGGGUUCGGUAAACAAAGUACUAUGGUGGCUCAUUUUCGUCCUCGCGUUGCAUUGGAUCCAGUUAACGAGCUACCUCGCGCCCGAUCCGUCCGUCGGCAACGGUGCGCCCCUCUCGGUCUUUUUCCACAUCCCUCAAAACGCGAUUCCAGCCAACAGGACCGAUACCCAAUAUUUCACCUACGUGAGUCGUCCUUACCUCCCUGUUCUUCACACUCGACAAAACUUAUAGCCUUUUUUCUCCUCGAUGCAGCUCGAAACGGCGGAAUACCAAGUCGGGUCAGCGACUUGGAACGCCGAUCGCAGUCCUUACCUUUCCUCGGUCAAAAUCAAGUUGACCCCCUGA